AAUUUCAAGUCAAUCGCCAAGUUUGUGGACAAUUUCAUAAAACCAACAUAAAAGCCGGUACAAAUGGAAAGUGGAGUAUCGAAACGUUCGGACAGCGCCGGCAGUAGCAUCGCCAGUGGAGGAAGCACCGGCAGUUUCCUCUCGAAUGGUUUCGGGACUCAAUUUAUGACCGUGGCCCCGCCACUACUGAACUGCGAAGAUGAACUGAUCUGGUUGGACAUGACGAAUCCUGCCUACCACAAACCGGUCUACAAUAGCUCGAUCGUCGAAACGAAGAGUGUGGGCAAGGAUGCAAAGAAUCUGAUAACGCAGUCCUUCCGGCAGGCUCUCAGUAUUCAGGAUCAAAAUGACCUUCUGCGGGAACUAGAAAAGGAUCCGGAACUUGUUUAUAAUGUUGGACUGACACCUGAUAAACUACCGGAUUUGGUCGAGUACAAUCCUCUGAUUGCAAUUGAAAUUCUGCUGAAGCUGAUUCAUUCUCCUCAGAUCACCGAGUACUUUAAUGUGCUAGUCAACAUGGAAAUGUCGUUGCAUUCUAUGGAGGUAGUCAAUCGACUGACCACGCUGGUUGAACUUCCUACCGAGUUCAUACAUCUCUACAUCAGCAACUGUAUAUCGUCGUGCGAAGCGAUCAAGGAUCGAUACCUGCAAAAUCGUUUGGUCCGGUUAGUUUGUGUCUUCCUCCAAAGUUUAAUACGGAAUCGUAUUAUCGAAACCAGUGAACUGUGCAUUGAGUUGGAAGCGUUCUGUGUCGACUUCAGUCGAAUACGGGAAGCGGCCGCUCUGUAUCGAUUGUUAAAGCAACUCGAAACGGAAUCGGGAUCGGUCAGUAAAAUUAAAUAAUGUUUUCAAAUGGUAAAAUGUAUAAC